AUGAGCUUCAAAGCGACGACUACUCCAACCCUUCCCUUCAUUGAUUUCACUAAAACGGAUGAUCAGCUGAUGAAGCCAGGCACUCCCGAGUGGGAAGCACUGAAAUCCCAAGUGUUCGCAGCGUCGAAAGAUUUCGGCUGCUUCAGAGCUCGCUUCCCAGACACACCCCUCCAAGCUGCAAUGGCAGUCACCGCCCAACUCAAGCAACUCUUCGACCUCCCUCUCGAAACCAAGCAGCGAAACGUUUCGGAACUGCCGUUCGGCGGGUUCAUCGGCCAAUCCACUUUCGCCCCUUUGUACCAGAGCUUCGGGAUCGACGAUCCUUCCAGCAUCGAUAAGCUCCAAUCCCUGACUCACGCCCUCCUACCUGAAAACCCCUCUUUGAGCGAAACUAUUCGGUCAUUCGCCAAGGAAGUGUCGGCGGCGGAGGCAACGAUCAGGGUAAUGUUACUGGAGAGCCUUGGUAUCGAAAAGUACAAGGAAGAGCAUCUCGAAUCGUCGUUCGACACGUUGAGAUUCAUGAAGUACGAUGGGAUCAGCGAGGAAGAAGCUAGUGACGGAGAGCACAAGUUGGGGCUGAAUUCCCACAUGGAUCAAGACCUGAUGACGGUUCUCUACUCCAACUGGGCGGGCGAGUUGGAGAUCUUCACCAAAGAUGGCCGGCACUGGAUCAGCUCGGAAGCCACUUCAGAUGACUUUGUGGUCUUCGUCGGAGAAUCUCUUCACGCGUGGACUAACGGGCGACUGCACUGUCCGUACCAUAGAGUGAAGGUGACGGGAAGGGAGGUGAGGUACUCGGCGGCAGUGUUCACGGCGUUUAAAGUGGGUUACACGGUGGAGGCGCCGGCGGAGCUGGUGGACGAGGAGCAUCCUUUGCUGUAUAAGCCGUUUGAUCAUUUGGACUUCUUGAAGCUGUUGGAGAGAGAUGCCGGGAAGGCGUAUUUUGGGGAUGAACUCAAUGCUUAUACCCCUCUCAAGGCUUAUUAUGGUAUUUCUCCUAUUGAUUAG